CAUCUCUACAUCUCUACAAACAAACAAGAGUGCAUGACAAACUAACAAGAAUGAAUGAGGGGAUAAAAAUGAAGUCAUGGUUAUUACUACGUACUUUCUAGCGUAAUUAAAUUAACAUUUCAACCGUAUGAGCAUCAUUAUCACUAUUCCUUCUCUGGUAUAUAUCUUUACUUUACUCUUUAUGAGACAUUAACCAUUGUGCCUACUACUUAUUCAUAAUAUUUACAAUUAAAAUCUACUGCCAUGUUUUCCCCUAGGUUGUUUUACACUAAAAAGGAGGCAUAAUAUAAAUGAUUCAAGAGUAUGUGAUUUAAAAAGGAGGCAUAAUGUAAAAAGGAGGAAUAUCCAAAAAAGACAAUUCCUUGUAAUAUUCUGGUAUAGAGUAUGUGAUUUAAGCCUCUUUUAUCUUCUCCCGCCUAUAAGAUGCCACUAAAUGAUGUUUUACAUCCCUAAUCCACUACUUUUGGAAUUUAGAAGUCACGAUUCUUGUGUUUCUAUUAAUACCAAGUUUUUUCCUUGAAUCAUUCUUUUCAAAUAGGGUUGUGAUAAUGUGCAAAAAAUAGAAACAGAUGACCCGAAUCUGGGAAUGGCAGUUGUUUUUUGCAGCCAUGAGUAAAAUUUUGUCUUUUCUCAUUUCUUGUGUUGUUUGUAGUUUUCAAAACCGAUUCUCUUAUUGAUUUGGGAGUAAAUUUAUUUUUUCUUUUACUUCUAAUUUUUUAUUGUUCAAUUCAUGAGGAGUUUUGGCAAAACUUCUACCGCAGAAGAAAUGUUUGCCCCAGCUAAGAUCAUUAAUAUGUUGUAGAUGGCGAACCAAAACAAAGUCAACUCUGUUCAUUUCUACUAAAAGAAAGUGGGGGCGGACUCGGAAUCGAAUAUUACAAAGGACGCAAGAGAAAAGAAUAAGGAUGAAGCAUUAGGAGAACAGAAGCGCAGGAUGCUCUGGGAGACACAGGGAAUGAGAUGCAAGAGAAGGAAAGUAUGGCACUGAAUGGGGCAAAAAACGGGGAGGAGGCGGGCUUCGAGCAGUAAGCCCGCCUGAAAAUGUGCAAUGCCAGAAGAAAGGAUUCUUGAUGAAGAUGCAGUGCAUGCAGAUCGGGAGGAAGUUUAUCUUGUGUUAUUUUAGCUUUUAUUACUUCUCAGACUUUUCAGUAUGUUUUUUAUUUGGUGUAGUUGUUGUUUUUCAUGGUUGUAAGACAUUAGAUUUGGAUGUGGGUGACUUUGGAAUUGGGGUAACCGUUUAUGGCUUAUUUGUGCCCAUUAAUGAAUCAGCGAGUUAUAUUGCUUCUGGUGAGGUGAUUAACUCUGAGUCUGGUUCGCGGGACAGCGGUUGUCAGGAUUCUAUUUGUCGGAUUACCCAUAAUCUGAAUGUUGGGAUUUCAAUUUAAGCCAGAUUCUUCCAAAAAAAAACUUCAACUUCCUUUUUUUUUGCUUCCUUUUUCAUUUUCAUUUUUAUAUAUACUUUAUGUCUUCU